UCAUAUUGCACAAGAACAUUUUCCCGUCUGCAUUAAGAUGAAGCAUUCAGUUAGUUUCUUUUUUAAAUUAACAGAAUGAAAUCAUUCUAUUUAUAUUUUUCCAUCUUGUUUUUCAAACAUCUUAUUUAAUGAAACUUAUUAACUAAUUAAUCCUAAUGUAAAACUUUCACUUGUGUUCUUUAUGAAGCCAGCAAACCCUCAUUUUCACAUCAAAUGUUCCUGAAAGUUGCUUUAAAGUUAGACAGUAUUUUUAACUUUUUACUUCCAGGUGUGGAGACCUACUGUGAUGGCAGACAGCGUGGAGCUCAGUGUUAUGGAGCUUUGGGAGGAACUGAGGUCAUCCAGCUGAUGGACAGCGCCUCAGAAAUAACUGCAUACUACUGGUUAAAAGAAAUCACAACAACACCAAUACUUUAUGGGACAGGGAAUACCAUUGUGACUAAUCUGACAGGAACCAGAUUCUCCUUUACUCCCAGUAAUGGAGCAUUUAGGAUCAAUGAGCUGAGCAGGACUGAUGGAGGUGAAUAUACACUUGAGAUCUAUGAUUCAGAUGGACAGAGAUCAAAGUAUCGGACUCUACAGUUGACCAUUCAAGUUCCUGUGUCCUCUGUCCUGAUGGUCCCCGAGUGUCUGUCCCAGGGAGAGAUGAUGGUGUCCUGCUACACUAAGGGAGGGGACAGUCUUCAGUACAGCUGGACUCUGGAUGGACGCACACUGACGGACGCUGAGCUCCUCUCUGGAAAUCCUGAGACUAACAGCGUCACUCUGAAACAACACGUCUCAGGACUCCUGGUCUGCUCAGUCUUGAAUAAAGUCAGCAGUGUCUCAGACGGAGAGAAGAUAUCUACCUGUGGCUACAUAUACAUCAACUGCACCUCACCCAAUGGGACGCACAUAUCACAGUGGGUGUUGGCAGACAAUAAUACUCUGUGUAUUGAGCCAACAACAACUCUUGCUCCUACCUCCUCUGCUGGUGUGGAGACCUACUGUGAUGGCAGACAGGAUGGAGCUCAGUGUUAUGGAGCUUUGGGAGGAACUGAGGUCAUCCAGCUGAUGGACAGCGCCUCGGAAAUACCUAGAUACCGAUGGUUAAAGAAAAACACAGCAAUACUUGAUGGGAGAAAGAAUUCCAUUCUGUCUAAUCUGACAGGAACCAGAUUCUCCUUUACUCCCAGUGAUGGAACAUUUAGGAUCAAUAAGCUGAACAGGACUGAUGGAGGUGAAUAUAAACUUGAAACCUUUGAUUCAGAGGGACGGAGAUCAGAGUAUCGGACUCUACAGUUGACCAUUCAAGCUCCUGUGUCCUCUGUCCUGCUGGUCACUGAGUGUCUGUCCCAGGGAGAGAUGAAGGUGUCCUGCUACUCUAAGGGAGGGGACAGUCUUCAGUACAGCUGGACUCUGGAUGGACGCACACUGACGGACGCUGAGCUCCUCUCUGGAAAUCCUGAGACUAACAGCAUCACUCUGAAACAACACGUCUCAGGACUCCUGGUCUGCUCAGUCAGGAACAACGUCAGCAGGAUGUCUACCUGUGGCUACAUAUACAUCAACUGCACCUCACCCAAUGGGACGCACAUAUCACAGUGGGUGAUGGCAGCCAAUAAUACUCUGUGUAUUGAGCCAACAACAACUCUUGCUCCUACCACGAAUACAGAACCCUCCUCUGCUGGUAAGGAGACUGGCAUCACAGAGUCUAUUAGCCCCUGUACUAAUAUCACAUCCUCCAAUCAAACUGUGACUCCCCUCCCCAGAGAUGACCCAUGGUACAUUAGUGUGGAGACCUACUGUGAUGGCAGACAGCGUGGAGCUCAGUGUUAUGGAGCUUUGGGAGGAACUGUGGUCGUCCAGCUGAUGGACAGCGCCUCGGAAAUACCUAUAUACCGAUGGUUAAAAAACAUCACAAAGAUACUUGAUGGGAGAAAGAAUACCAUUCUGACUAAUCUGACAGGAACCAGAUUCUCCUUUACUCCCAGUGAUGGAACAUUCAGGAUCAAUAAGCUGAGCAGGACUGAUGGAGGUGAAUAUAAACUUCAAACCUUUGAUUCAGCUGGACGGAGAUUAGAAUCUCGGACUCUACAGUUGACCAUUCAAGCUCCUGUGUCCUCUGUCCUGCUGGUCACUGAGUGUCUGUCCCAGGGAGAGAUGAAGGUGUCCUGCAUCGCUGAGGGAGGGGACAGUCUUCAGUACAGCUGGACUCUGGAUGGACGCACACUGACGGACGCUGAGCUCCUCUCUGGAAAUCCUGAGACUAACAGCGUCACUCUGAAACAACACGUCAAAGGACGACUGGUCUGCUCAGUCAGGAACAACGUCAGCAGUGUCUCAGACGGAGAGAAGAUAUCUACCUGUGGUGUGGAGACCUACUGUGAUGGCAGACAGGAUGGAGCUCAGUGUUAUGGAGCUUUAGGAGGAACUGUGGUCGUCCAGCUGAUGGACAGCGCCUCAGAAAUACAUAGAUACCAGUGGUUAAAAAAAAACACAGCAAUACUUGAUGGGAGAAAGAAUCUCAUUGUGACUAAUCUGAUAGACAUCAGAUCCUUCUUUACUCCCAGUAAUGGAACAUUCAGGAUCAAUAAGCUGAGCAGGACUGAUGGAUGUGAAUAUAAACUUCAAACCUUUGAUUCAGAGAGACGGAGAUCAGAGAGGACUCUACAGUUGACCAUUCAAGGUGUGGAGACCUACUGUGAUGGCAGACAGGAUGGAGCUCAGUGUUAUGGAGCUUUAGGAGGAACUGUGGUCGUCCAGCUGAUGGACAGCGCCUCAGAAAUACAUAGAUACCAGUGGUUAAAAAAAAACACAGCAAUACUUGAUGGGAGAAAGAAUACCAUUGUGACUAAUCUGAUAGACAUCAGAUCCUUCUUUACUCCCAGUAAUGGAACAUUCAGGAUCAAUAAGCUGAGCAGGACUGAUGGAUGUGAAUAUAAACUUCAAACCUUUGAUUCAGAGAGACGGAGAUCAGAGAGGACUCUACAGUUGACCAUUCAAGCUCGUGUGUCCUCUGUCCUGCUGGUCCCCGAGUGUCUGUCCCAGGGAGAGAUGAAGGUGUCCUGCUCCUCUGAGGGAGGGGACAGUCUUCAGUACAGCUGGACUCUGGAUGGACGCACACUGACGGACGCUGAGCUCCUCUCUGGAAAUCCUGAGACUAACAGCGUCACUCUGAAACAACACGUCUCAGGACUCCUGGUCUGCUCAGUCAGGAACAACGUCAGCAGGAUGUCUACCUGUGGCUUCACAUUAAUGGAGUGCACCUUAUCCAAUAAGUUGCACUUAUCACGCUGGGUCCUUUCAGGCAAUAAUUCCCUGUGUGAGUCAACAGCCUCGACCCCCAUCACUGAGGCCUCCACUGCAGAUCACUCCCUGCUCAUAUGUGGAGUGCGAGCAGCUGUGGUGACUCUCGCAUUAAUCGGGAUCGCGGUUUAUUUUGCUUGGAAGAAGAAGAAAGACAAGAAGGCCGUCCGUCGACAGAUGGAACAAGAGAAUUCUGUUGUGAUGGUUGACAUGAGAAGUGCUGCUGCACGUUAACUUUGUGAAACCAACAACUUAGACUCUCCGACACUCGGUCACUUCAGUUGUUGAUCGGUGAAAGUACGAUCCUUUAAGUAGAAUUAACUCAAGUGGAAAGAGUGUCUUGUUGUGAAAUGUUCAGAGCACCAGUGAUAAAACAUUCAGGGGACCACAGCUCCACAGUGAUAGUGUGAAUACAUUAUAUAUAAUGAUAUUGUCAUAUUAGCAGUGCAACUCAUUUUGAUGCCUUUUGGAAAUUAUUGUACUGUAGAUUUCUACAUCGUCGUUCUCUGGUGAAAACAAUGAAUCUCCAAAUGUGACUUUAAUUUUCCAGGUAAAUUGAAGGAUUAAGUGUUUCUUUAUAUGUCGAGAACAUUCUCCUACUUCUUCAUGUAAAUCAGAUAUUUAAAACACUUUUAAAUGAGAAAUGCAUCGUCACAAACCUGCAAAGUUGAUGUUUUGGAGAUAAUUGACUUAGUAGCUUUGCAUAUUUUAACAUUUUUGGGGUCUUGCCUUCAAAGCAUGUUUUUAACAUUGUGUAUUUAAGCCCAAACUGUAAUUAUACACCAUAUAAAUUAAGGGCAUAUUCACACGUAUAACACACGUGUGUGUUUGGUUUCACUCACAUUAUGUUCUAGUUAAGUAACAGUUGUUUAUAUUCACCUUUAAAUGUAACUUUCUGUUUAGUUUUCAGCCUGGAUAUAAGAGACAUUUCAGUUUUCAUAUUAAAGUUAAAGAGACUUCAC